CGAACAUGAUAAAAGGGCAUCGUACCGAUCGUCGUCUCUACCGCUCGCUCGAGGCGGAUCCCACUUAGCACUACAUACCAGCACCAACACCAACGUCAACACCCGCCAUGUCUCUCUUCAAGCCCGCCCCUGCGCCCCCCACCAACCUCGGCCGCUACCGCCGCCUGUCCCCGAUCGCGGGCGUCCACGUCUCGCCGUUCCAGCUCGGCGCGAUGAACAUCGGCGACAAGUGGCACGACGUCGGAAUGGGAGCCAUGGACGAGAAGUCGUCGAUCGCGCUCUUGGACGCGUUCUUUGACGCGGGCGGAAACUUCAUCGACACGGCGAACAACUACCAGGACGAGCGAUCCGAAGAGAUUAUCGGAGCGUGGGCGGAGAAGAGGGGCAUCCGCGACCAGCUCGUCAUUGCCACCAAGUACACGUCGCCGUUCAAGCUCCGCAGCGACACGAUCCAGCAGAAGGUCAACUACAUUGGCAACAACGUCAAGUCGAUGCACAUCUCGGUCGAGGCCUCGCUCAAGAAGCUCCGCACGUCGUACAUCGACAUCCUCUACGUGCACUGGUGGGACUGGGACACCAGCGUGGAGGAGGUCAUGAACGGCCUCCACGCCCUCGUCCUCGCCGGCAAGGUCCUCUACCUGGGUGUUUCCGACACGCCGGCGUGGGUGGUGUCCAAGGCGAACCAGUACGCGCGUGAUCACGGCAAGACGCCGUUCGUGAUCUACCAGGGCGCGUGGAACGUGAUGGAGCGCUCGUUCGAGCGCGAUAUCAUCCCCAUGGCACGCUCCGAGGGCCUCGCGCUCGCGCCGUGGAACGUGGUCGCCGGCGGUAAGAUCCGCACGGACGAGGAGGAGGAGCGGCGGAGGCAGACGGGCGAGAAGGGCCGGACGACGUUCAACCCCAACUGGGAGCGGACCGAGGACGAGAAGAAGGUGUGCAAGGCGCUCGAGAAGGUCGCGGCCGAAGUCGGCGCGAAACACAUCACCGCAGUGGCGAUCGCGUACCUGAUGCAGAAGACGCCGCACGUGUUUCCCAUCGUCGGCGGACGGAAGAUCGAGCACCUGCACCAGAACAUCGAGGCGCUCAGCAUCACGCUCAAGCCCGAGCACCUGCAGUACCUCGAGAGCAUCGUGCCGUUGGACCCUGGGUUCCCGAACACCAUGAUCGGCGACGGCACCAGCUACGCGCCGUUCAUAUACGCCAACGCGCACUUGGACAAGGACCCGCAGGUUCAGGCUAUCCGUCCGUCGCAGUAGACGGUUGCCCCUAUAGCUCUCUAUCGAAAGCCCAAGGAGCUCGUCGGGGGCUGUGUCGCCUGGUUCGCUGCGCUUUACUGAGGCGCCAUCGACGGGCUGGUUGUAAUGAUAGUUGUAUGACUGCACUGCAGAUGUUUUUUUUGGCACGAAAUGGGCAUGUGAUGACUGACCUUACGGUAACCUCCGGGCAUUGCCGAGCACCUUCUCAGCUUUACUUUGUUGCGACAGCGGACGCGAAAUAUUACUAUCCGC